UUCUACAUCUUAUAUUUUUGGUGAGGAAGAAAAUUAUGAAAAUUCUAAUGAAUUGGUUGAAAAUUAUGAAGGGUUCAGUGAAUCAGAUAGAAACUGUAAAGGGUCCAGUGAAUCGGAUAGAAACUGUAAAAGGUCAAAUGAAUCAAUAAGAAGUUAUAAUAAAGAAAACUCUGGUCCAUUUCCUGAAAAUGCUUUAAUUUUAGAUUUUAGAGAUGAAAAUUUUGACGAGCAUUAUAAUGAUUUGGAA